GUACGAUGAGCUUGCCACAAGAAGAUUCCACCACGAGUCCCCAGGGAGAAAACCCAGGCCAAGAGGCGGGCCCAAGCACGAAAAGGCGUGGCACUAUCAAGACGGCCAGUACUUUGCUUACGAAAGAUAUCGCAUACAUCAAGAAGGUCAGGGAGAGGAACAAGCGCGCUGCGACCAAAGUCCGCCUCAAGCAACGAGAAACUGAGAAGAACCUCGAGUCUGCCGAAAAGGACUUGCAGCAGGCGAACCACAGGUUGACAGAAUGUGUAAAGGAGCUAACUCAUCAAGUCCACGACCUCAAGAUGCAACUCCUUGAGCAUGGCACUUGUGACUGUGUCCUCAUUCAGGAGUACAUUGGCAAUGAAGCAAAUCGCUAUGUUCAAGACACGAGUGGUAAGACUUCUGGUCGCGAGCAUACUCCUGAUGGUUAAUCCUAUGAGAUUGCUGUGGUGGGCAUCUUUUACUAAAUCUAACCUGUCUAUAAUAUUAUAAAGCCCUCUACCGCUGAGAUUGUACAUUGCAACACUUUGGUAAUCAGCAAGACUGCCU